AAAAACAUAUAAACAUGGAAAGCUCGAGCUCUAAUCCACAUGAACCACAUGUCACACUGGAAGUCGGAGAAGAAGAAUACCCAUAUCCAUCACAUGUUUGUGCAUCAAACCUUACUAGUGUGAAGCUGAGUGGUAAGGCCAAGUUUGUUAUGUGGAAAACACAAAUGCUAUGUCUCUUAGAGAGUCAUGGUAUGUCUGGUUUCAUCGAUGGAACACUUGUAAGCCCUCAAACAAGUGUUUCCGGGAAAGAGAAAGUGGGUGACCAUCAAAAUCGUCACAGGAGGUGGAGAAGAUCAGAUGCCCUUGUGAAGAGUUGGAUUCUUAGUUCUCUCUCUGAAGAAACACUGGGGUAUGUUCUGAAACAUCUCUCAGAGAAACUCCAUCAUCAAGAGAGAAAUGCAUCUGAUUUUAGUGCAAAAGAUGUAUGGGAUGAACUGCAGACUAUCUAUGGUCCUGCUGUUCUUCCGCAAUUGCUAGUUUCAGAUAAACCACAAGACAUAAGAGAAGCAUGGCCAGACCAAUAUUUAAUAUUAAAAGAACAAGAAGACAAGUCUGCACUCCAAAAAUUGUACCGGGCUGCUAUAUCAGGAGAUUGGGAUUCCGUCCAUGCUGUUUUGAAGAGACAAAACAUUACUGUGAUAGACAAAAUCACGAAUAAUGGCAACACAGCACUCCAUAUAGCAGUAGGUGCAACUAAAAAGGCAGACCUAUUACAGAAACUGCUGGAAAAGACACCGGAGAACACACAACUGUUGGAUCUAAGAAAUUCAGAUGGAAGCACACUACUUCAUGUUGCUGCUAUUGUUGGCAACACCGAAGCUGCUGACAUCUUGGUGGGAAGAAACCGAGAUUUGUUAUUAGCCAAGGACAACGAGGGUCACACACCACUAGCUGUAGCUCUAUCUAAUAUGCAUACUCAGACGUCUAAGCAUAUGUUACAAUACAUUAAUACUGACAUAGAGAAGGAUGCUCUGUUUUCUGGCACAAGUGGUGAAGAGCUUCUAGUUGUUGUUAUAUCUUCUAAAAGAUUUUGGUUUGGCAAAUGA